AUGCGUCGACAUCUUCAAGGUUGCGGUCGAGGGCAAAGGAAAGCUCUGUUGUGUUUUGAGUUAGGGAAGAGGCUCAGCCUCAGUAAAGGGUAUAAGCUUUCAAGACAGCCCACCUGCUGGAUCUACGGUUUCGCCAUUGCGGGCUUUCUCGGCGGCGGCCUUGACGAUUUUCUUAAGGCCCUUGUAGUUGAUGUAGGCGCCGGCCCAUUCGGGUACUUGAUUUCGCGGGAGACUUUGGAAGAGGACUGGUCUCAGUGA